AUGCCUACAGUAAAUGUUGGAAAUGAUGCAGAGAGUGGAUCUUCGUUGUCUAGUUGGAAACAAGAUGUUGGUACUGAAGUACUAUGGGUUGAACAUGAUGGUAUAUGUGAGGAGUCGAACGAUGUACAACUACUGAGCAAAUCACACGAAGAUGUGGUGUCGACUUGCAAACCAGAAGACAGCGUGGAUGGAAAAACCAAUCGUUCCAUGUUGCCUCAUCGCUUGGAGUUUUGGCUUGAUUGGAGGUGGAAAGAAGAUCUAUCGGUGUGGAUGCGAACAGCAGCUCUACUGCCGACGUUUAGGAAACUGUAUGGAAGAAUCGAGGAGGAUCUGGAGGCGAACGAUCAGAUAGAAGUUGCAAUUCAGAACAACUAUAACUCGUAUGGUUAUGGAAGGAAGAAGAUGUUGAUCCUCUCCACGAACACUUGGAUCGAGGGAAUCAUUGGGGCUGUGUACCUCGCCGUUGGUGGAAUCUGCUUCUUCUUGGCCAUCACCUUCAUCCUUAUUUACUUGCUCAAAGUACAGGCCAUUAGGUGAUCCAUCUUACCAGUCUUGGAACAAAAAUCCAGGAGCAUCCACUGAUUGAAUGUUACCGAUUUUGGAAUCUAGUUAUUGUUUCGAAUUGAUUUGUCAUGAUGAUGAGAUUGAUUGAAUAGAACGAGAUUCAUUGAAUUCUUUAGAAAACUAAAUUAGGUUCUCUUGUUAGUGUUUACAAUCACUUUUGUGCAUUUUUCAUCAAAACAUUAUUCUUAUGCUUCAUCUCCAACCAUUCAGGC